AUGUUGUCGUUCAUUAAAUCUCCAACGCGGGCGUUGCUUCACCAAAUCAGUGACAACCCUUGUGUCAUCGUCGGCCGAGACAAGUUCGGCAUGUCCGUCGGCGUAUCGAGUAUUGUCGUCUGGAAAGUACCCGCAGAAGUGGCCGAUCAUCCGCGUUGGCGCGCAUUUGGGCACACGAACAAAGCCCACUCGAAGAUAUUGCUGCACGAAUCUGAUGACCUUGCCGCGUUGAUCGAGAGGGUUGACACAAUUUCAUCGCUCUAUCUAAAGCCCAACACUCGCUGGCGAACCAAAGACUCAAGCUCUGAGCAGCACAAUUUGAUCCGUAACUUGCUCAAACAACGGAAGCAAGGAAGUACUAAGUUUAUUGACAGUUUCUGGGUCCCUGGGCGUGAGGAAGUGGGGGGCCAGCUCAUCAUUGAGGAUUUGACGAGGGGCGAAGCGUGCGACACGAUCACUCGAUUGAUGUUGGCGAAUGGGAAGACAAUCAAGGAUGAUCUGUUGUAG